AUGUCGCGCUACAACGACGACUACCGCUCAUCAACCGGCACCCUCGACUCCCGCGACCGCUACGACCGCUACUCGCGAGGGCCACCGGUGGCCGAACGUCCCCGCCAUGCUGAUGAGGAACGGUUCGAGUUCCGACUCCGCGAAGAAGACAGCUACGGUCCUCCCGCGCGCGCUCCAGACCGAUACUACGAAGACGACCACCUGGACCACCCUCCUGACCGUCGGCGGCAGCAGCGCCGCGACGACAGCCCGGACUUUCGUCCGCCGCGCCUGGUGAGACGGCAGUCGUCCCUCGAUACCUUCGACCGUCUCCCGCCGCGCAGGAUGGAGGCACCCUUGCGGCGCAGUGGUCCUGGUGCCCCUCCUCCGGCGAGGAGCAGGGGUGCUGGCCCCGUGCCUGCGCCGCCGCCACCUAGGCGCCGGUCACCGCCUAGAUAUCAUGAGCGCGAGGUCUAUGAGGAAAUUCACAUCGCUGAGCCCGAGUACUACGGUGACGAGGAAUAUCGUGAUAUCAGAGACAGAGACCGCAUGGCUGCUCGUCGACGCUCGAGUAGCGCGGCCAGGCAUCGUGAGGAGAAGCCCUAUCCUCGCAAGGGAAAGACUCGUCUUCCGAGGAAACUGGCGCAUACGCGUGCUAUUUCCGAGCUUGGGUAUCCCUACAAGGAGGAGGUCGCGUACUACGUCGCCAGAUCACCCUCUCCGAUCCGACGACCCCGAGAACGAGUCACGACAGAGACUCUCCUCGUCCGCUCCCCCUCUCCCCGAUCUAGUCAUGAAGAGUUCAUCCUGGAAUCGUCUCCAUCGCGAUACGAAGAUAUCGAAUUCGAAGAAAUCAUCGAGCGGCCGCGUCACUUCCAAACCAUCUCCCGUCCCCGCUCUGUGUCUGUCCAUGGUCGCAGAGUAUCGUCGCCCGCGCGAUAUGUGGAACCUCGGUUUUUCGAGGAGCGCAUCGAAUCUGAUAGUCUCCACCCCGGUUCAAUGGUUUUAGUCCGGCCGAGAAGCAGCGAAAAUGAUGUCCGCGACCUGGAACGGGAGAUCCGCACCCUGCAACUCGAGCGACAGGGUGGUAUUGAAAUCACCCGGGAACGCGAGACGGAUUGGAUCGAUAGUAAUGGCAAUGAGGAGGAGAUUACGGAGCUCUCAAGCGCGAAUUUCUCGCCCUUUGCCCAACGCACACAGCAGCUGAUCAAGGAGCAGCUGGGUCAGGCCGACGAGAAAACCCAGCUCCCGGAUGAAUACAUCGAGCUCGAGAAGCGCGUCGAUGCCCUGAAGCUCGUGCACCAGAAACUGUUGCAGGUGACUUCCCAAUACUCCAAUGAGGCCUACGACUACCCGCCCAACAUCCGCGAAUCCUUCAACGACCUAGGCCGCACGAUCAACGACAAGGUCACGCUCCUCUCGCAGGCCAACUCGCCCGCCGAAGCCCAAGCCGCCCUGACGGCGCCCCCAUCCGCAAAGCCGCAGCCCAAGACCUUCAACCACGCGAUCGCCCGCGCCUCGCUCGCAGGCUCGCAGACCCUGGCACAGAGCUCCGAGACCGAGGACCCGCUGGCCAGUGCGCUGGAGAAGUACGCCCUGGCCGAGGAGAAGGUCGGCGAGGCCCGUCUCGCCCAAGAUGCACAGAUCCAGUCCCGGUUCCUGGCCGGAUGGAACACCACCCUGAAUACGAACUUGAUGUUUGCUGCGAAGGCGCGUAAGAAUGUUGAGAAUGCCCGUCUUAUGCUUGACUCUAUCAAGGCGAGCAAGAAGGCUGCUGCGCGCGGUGAUCUGGACAACCUGAGUGAGGAUGCCCGCGCGGAGAUCGAGCAGGCUGAGGAUGAAUUUGUUGGUCAGACGGAGGAGGCUGUCAGCGUGAUGAAGAACGUCCUUGAUACCCCCGAGCCCCUGCGCAACCUGGCCGACCUGAUCGCCGCCCAGCUGGAGUUCCACAAGAAGGCCUACGAGAUCCUCAGCGAGCUUGCUCCCGUCGUCGACGGCCUGCAGGUGGAGCAGGAGGUGAGUUGGGCCCAAUCUGUUCCCGUGCACCCCUAA